AAUCGGGACAUACCAACCGGUACAUACCAGACAGGACUGAUGCACCCCUAUAAUCAAAUUGAUUCUUUUGAUAGCAUAACAAGUUAUACUUGGGCCGAAGGUCAAAUUCACGUCAAAAAAUUACUCAGAUUGAAAAGUAAUAGUUAUAUUAUUCAGGUUGAAAGUUUAAG